AGCAAAACAAAACACAAAGGAGGGAUCCUGCUAAACGCUUUUCGACCAAUAGAGGGCGCUCCCCCGAUGCUCAAUCUCCCAGCUCCAGACCAAACUACUCCCUGAAACUCCCAUUUCUUGGAGCGACUGUAGACACUUUAGUAAAGUGCGGACGCGCCGUUCCACUUCUAACUAGGUGGGAGAGAACCGGCAACUCCACAGCUCCUCAGUCGGUUCCGAACCUGAAGCGUGGAUGAGUGAAAGCCGGACAGAGCGGGGUUUGGACCGCGGAACAUCUCCGUGCACAAGGGAACCUCAGAGCGAGGAGGAGAACGGAAGAGGGGGGAACCCCUCACAACAGCUCCGCUCUGUGCAGCCGCGUGCGCACGGGCGCGAGGCAAAGUAGCGUUGACGUGACGUUUAGCGGGACAAACGUGGACUCGGAGGCGAGACGCCACGCCGGAGCGUGCUUUCUUCAAAGAAGGGACAUACGGUAUAGUGAGAGCGUUCUUAAGCGUUCUUAAUUCACAUUUCUCCCCUCGGAAAUAACUGGAACUUCUUGUUUUUGACGUUUCGCGGAGACGAAACUUGACAUGCAAAUGUUGUAGAAGACUCCGGGCUUUGUUCAGCUUCUUUUGGACCGCUUUCUCCCCAAACUGGUGUUGAUGUAAGUAGAGAAGCUCCGCUUCCAGCUGUCUCCAUCCAGUCUCCGUGGAUAGAAUUUGCUGGAAAAAAGUUUUGAGAAUGAAGAGAAGAAAAACGCUGUCUUGAAGCGGAGUCGUGUCUUUGCCGCGAGGACAACAGACAGAGCUGACAUGCGCGUGCGCGGGGCUCGCCGCAGCUGUUAACACGCAAAGUUGGGAACUUUGAUAGUGAAUGGUCAAGACUUCCGGUGAGACAUCGAGCGUAUUGCCCUGACCCGCAGCUUUCCACAGACCCGGGUUAACCUUCGAGGAGAUCCAGCCCCCCCAUCAGCCCUCCCCGGAGCAGAGAUGGAGGAGUGGAGACAGUGCGGGCGGUGGUUGAUAGACUGCAAGGUGCUGCCCCCCAACCACCGGGUCGUGUGGCCCUCAGCGGCCGUCUUUGACUUGGCACAGGCUCUGCGAGACGGGGUGCUGCUGUGCCAGAUGUUGCACAACCUCUCUCCCGGGUCAGUGGACCUGAAGGAGAUCAAUUUCAGACCCCAGAUGUCACAGUUUCUGUGUCUGAAAAACAUCCGGACCUUUCUGAAGGUGUGUCACGAUAAGUUUGGCCUAAGGAACAGUGAAUUAUUCGAUCCUUUUGACCUAUUUGAUGUCAGAGACUUUGGGAAGGUGAUCUCCGCUUUGUCGAGGAUCUCCCAUCACAGCAUAUCUCAAAACAAGGGCAUCAGGCCUUUCCCGUCUGAGGACACAGCUCUGAAUGAGGAUGAUGUGUACCGGAGCCUGGAGGAGCUGGCAGAUGAGCAUGACUUGGGUGAGGAUGACAUCUACGACUGUGUGCCGUGCGAGGACGAUGGCGACGACAUCUAUGAGGACAUCAUUAAGGUGGAAGUACGACAACCGAUGAUCAGAUAUAUGCAGAAAAUGGGAAUGACAGAGGAGGACAAGAGACACUGUUGCUUAGUUGAGAUCCAAGAGACGGAAGCCAAGUACUACAAGACUCUAGAAGACAUUGAGAAGAACUACAUGAUUCCACUGAAGCAAAUCUUAAGUCCGCUGGAAAUGGAGAAGAUUUUUGUCAACCUUGAGGAUAUUAUCAGAGUCCACUUUGGUCUCCUGCGAGCCAUUGACCUGACCAUGGUUAGUGGAGGAAGUGGCCUCGGAAAGAUCUUCAUCGACUUCAAGGAAAGGCUGUUGAUCUAUGGUCAGUACUGCAGCCACAUGGAGAACGCACAGAAGACACUGGAUGAGUUAACAGCAACACGGGAGGACAUCAAGAUUAAAGUAGAGGAAUGUACGCUGAAAGUGCAAGAAGGGAAGUUCAAGCUGCAGGACUUGUUGGUUGUUCCCAUGCAGAGGGUGCUAAAAUAUCACCUACUACUGAAGGAACUUCUGAGUCAUUCAACUGACCGACCUGAGAGACAACAGCUCAAAGAGGCUCUGGAGGCCAUGGAGGACUUGGCGAUGUAUAUAAAUGAAGUCAAAAGGGACAAUGAGACACUGAAGAAAAUCAGUGAAUUCCAAAAUUCUAUAGAAAAUCUUCAGCAGGUGAAACUGGAGGAGUACGGCAGGCCAAAGAUAGACGGAGAGCUGAAGGUGUCUUCUAUCAUCAAUAGAGCAAAACAGGACCGGUAUAUCUUCCUCUUUGACAAAGUAGUCAUUGUGUGCAAGAGGAAAGGCUAUAAUUAUGAGCUGAAGGAGAUUAUUGAACUGCAGUCGUACAAAAUGUCAGAUGACCUCAUGAACAACAGAGACAUGAAAAAGUCGAGUGGAAAAAUGUGGUCCUACGGCUUCUACCUGAUCCAUCUGCAAGGGAAGCAGGGCUUCCAGUUCUUCUGUAAAACGGAAGACAAUAAGAGGAUUUGGAUGGAGCAGUUUGAAAUGGCUAUGUCCAACAUAAAGCCGGAGAGAGCCACCGCCAAUCAGCACAACUUCCAAAUGUACACAUUUGAUAAGAACACCGACUGUCGAGCUUGCAAGAAGCUCUUGAGAGGCAUUUUCUAUCAGGGCUACUACUGCUCUCGCUGUGGAACCGGAGCUCACAAAGAGUGUCUGGAAGUGAUCACCAUCUGUAAAAUCAAUCCUCAUGAUUUGGAACCUGGAUUGUCACCAGGUCCAAAGAUGGUGGCAGUGAGGAACUACCAUGGCACAUCGCCUCCUCCAGGGAAGAUGCCGCUGUGCUUCCAAACAGGAGACAUUAUUGAGCUGCUCAAGGGAGAUCCAGACACCACGUGGUGGGAGGGAAGGCUCAUUCAAACACAAAAAAGUGGAUUUUUCCCCAGUUCUUGUGUAAAACCUUGCUUGGAUCCAAAGCCCUUUCAGUCAAUAUCCUUCAGACAGCCGUCAAGGGAAUCAGACUACUACGGAUAUCCUUGGUUUGCGGGAAACAUGGAGCGCCAGCAGGCAGACAACCUUUUAAAAUCCCACAGCAGCGGAACCUACCUUAUCAGAGAGAGGACAGCUGAGGCGGAGAGGUUUGCCAUCAGCAUCAAAUUCAACGACGAAGUAAAGCACAUCAAAGUCAUUGAAAAGGACAGCUGGAUUCACAUCACAGAGGCUAAAAAGUUUGAAAGUCUUCUGGAGCUGGUGGAAUAUUAUCAGUCGCACUCACUGAAAGAAAGCUUCAAACUGUUGGAUACUACGCUCCGCUACCCCUACAAGUCAAGAGAGCGCUCGCUAACACGGGCCAGCACACGCUCACCAGCAGCCACCUCCGCCUCCUACAACUUCUCCUUCCUCAGUCCACAAGGCCUCAACUUCUCCUCCUCUCAGAGCUCAGCUCCCUUUUGGUCAGUCUUCACUCCUCGGGUGGUCAGCACCGCCGUGGCCAGGUAUAACUUUGCUGCACGGGACAUGCGAGAACUGUCGCUGCGAGAAGGAGACAUCGUCAAAAUCUACAGCAAGAUUGGUGGAGACCAGGGCUGGUGGAAAGGGGAGGCCAACGGAAGAAAAAAAAAAAGAACACAAAGAAGGAAUUUUUUUGUUGCUCUUAUUGCUGGAUGCCCAUUUUUUCUGCGAGAAUUUUUUUCUCUGUCUUCAAUUAUGCAUCAGCUUUUGUUUUUGCAGGAUGUCCUGUUUUAUUUAUGUACAGGAAAGAAGAAAAAAAGUAUCUGCUGACCUUUCUGCGCUCUGUACAGACUUGGAGGAACCAAGGGCAGCACAGAAACAGACUGUUGAUAGCUUUACUUUGAAAAAGUCCCCCCUCUGAAGCAGGUCUGUGCAAGGUGAACUAAUUGUACAGUAUAGAUAAUUUAUUGAAUAGAGAUUAUUAUCAUUACUAAUGAUUAUUGCGGGGAAGUUGGUUUAAACAAAGACUUAGAUCAGACGGGCUAAGAGAAAGCCCUUUUCAUGUCCGGAGAUUUUGCCUUAGUUGUCAUGGUGAUGCCUUGUGGGCGGACACCAGUGGAGGGAAUCUAAUUUGUGGACUGGUUUUACUUCUUUCUGUAUGCAUGUGCAGUCCACACACACAUACAUGCACACACACACACACACUCCAAUGUACAGUACGGUGCCUUCGAAGAAUGGUUGUUGCUUACUGAACCUCAGCAUCCACACAAAGACAGCCCAUCCACACACAGAGGACUUCACUGAAGAAAGGAGGCACUGAUGAAACACUGUGGGGACAGCUCACUUCCUGAGACCUCCAACCACAUUCCUCCACACAACUGGAGACUGGAUGGGGACAGCCGGAGGGUCUUUUUUAAGCCAACAUCACAUAUUGGUGUCAAGUCUGUGGGAACGCUCAGUUCGAUGCAAAAGUGAGUUAUCGAGAUGUUCCAACUUUUAAACCAGUACGUGGCACACUUCUUUUUUUGGUUUUGUUUUGUUUCAUUGAUUUGUAGCUUUCUACACUGAAUCUGUGUCUGUAUAUGUUUGGAAUUUAAACCCAAUUUUCUUUUCAUUUGAAGCCAAAUUUUCAGCCAUGCGGCGCUGCAUGGAUCUGAAAACCUGUUCUGAUCUUGCCUUACUUGUUUUGUUUUUACAGAUAAUCAGGUGACUUGCUGUUUCAUUCGUUUUCUGUGUUAAGUUCAUUUUGGUUCAGCGCUGAAAGCAUUUUCUUCUUUUUUUAACUUAAAAGGAACCUUUCUGGGCUCUACCUUUUUGAGCUUUUAAACCGUUUUCAUUGAACUCUGGUGUUUUAUCCCUGCUGUGGUUAAAAACUUCACACUGCCGUUUACACCACAGUGUGUGCUGCCGACCGAAAGCAUAAAUCAGUCCGUUGGCUUUUUCAUUCCAAAAACUCUACAUGAAUAUUCAAUUUCAUUACCAACUCCCGGUAAUGUGGCCUUACCUCUAACAUUCAGAUUUACAUUUCCACCUUGAUACUGCUUUUCUGCAAAAAGGAUCCAUUCACUCAUGAAAGAAGAAGAUAAACUACUGUCACACGCCCCCUCCCAGAAGUAAAGUGCACACCCUGUCAGUUCCAGCAGGUUUAAGGCGACGGGUGACGCACAAGGUGCUGAUGAGUUUAGUUUCUAAACUUGUUGAGGUGUGCUGCUGCACCGGCAGAGUCCUGCCACUGUGUGUGGGGGGGGCACACAUGAUGCUUCCAUGUUGUCUGCGAUGGUGGUGGGGAUUUAGUCGCUUUUUUUAAUGUGGUGGACAAAAAACCCAUUGCAUGUGAUUAUUGAUAUGUCAAAUCCUGUCAGUUCAUCCUUGGAAAAAAUAUGUACUUGAUCGUGUACAUUUUUUUGAGUAUUUCCAAAUGAGGUCUAUCAUGAAAAUAAAUAUUUCUUUUUGAAUAAA